UGUUUUCACCCAUUUGUGCAUGUGAAACGCGAUAGAGUUUUCGAAAAUUUUUGUAUUUAAUUUCCACAACCGGACGUAAAUUUAAUCAUUCUGCCUGGUUUGGGCUCAGUGAACAACGGCAGAAGAGACACCUGUACAUGUUUUCUAGUUCUACUCCGCACAGUAAGUUAAGGGUUUGGGCGAGUGUUUAAAGAGCAAGUGCACCUUACACAUUUUAACUUCCCUCCUGUAAAAGAAGAUUAUUUUAUUCACAUACAAAAACAUAAUUUAAGAACGUAAAACAGUGGAAACUGUGGACUUUUAAUACUAAAAUGGUAAACUUCGACAUGGAUGAGUUUAACGAAAUUCUGGAAAAGUGUCGGGAUCAGUCCCUGCAGAAGGAGCAGGAUGCAAUUUUAUUAGAACCAUUUGCUUAUAUCCAACAAAUCCCCGGAAAACAAUUCCGGGCAAAGAUGGCCCUGGCAUUCAACCAAUGGCUGGACAUUGAGGAAGGGAAAUUGGCCGCAAUAGGCGAGAUCGUUCAGAUGAUGCACAAUUCCAGUUUGCUAAUUGAUGACAUCGAGGACAACUCCAUCCUGCGGCGAGGAAUUCCGGUAGCUCACAAAAUCUAUGGCAUUGCCAGUACCAUCAACGCCGGAAACUACGUCCUGGUGCUAGCUCUGGCAAAGGUGCACAGCCUGGGUCAUCCAGAAGCCCAACAGGUGGUCACGGAACAACUUCUGGAACUGCACCGAGGCCAAGGAAUGGAAAUCUACUGGCGAGACAAUUUCAUUUGCCCCACAGAGGCCGAAUACAAGCAGAUGGUGAUCCGGAAAACGGGCGGCCUCUUCAUGUUGGCCAUUCGACUGAUGCAGCUGUUUAGCGACAACAAGAAAGACUUUACCAAACUGACGGCCAUUCUGGGCCUCUCGUUCCAGAUCCGGGACGACUACUGUAAUCUGAAAUCGAAAGACUACUCGGACAACAAGAGCUAUUGCGAGGAUCUGACCGAGGGGAAGUUUAGCUUCCCGGUGAUUCAUGCGGUGCUCAAUCAGAAGGAUCGGCAGGUGUUGCACAUAUUAAGGCAAAGAACUCAGGAUGUUGAAGUGAAGCGGUACUGUGUUUCCCUCUUGGAGAAGCUGGGAAGCUUCAAGUAUACGGCCGAGGUACUGGAAACGUUAGACCAGGAAGCGAGAGCAGAGAUUGAACGUCUCGGUCCAAACCCGAUCAUGCUGUCGCUGCUGGACGAUCUGUUAAGCUGGAAAACGGAACACUCGCUCAAGGAGGAAGAAAAAUCAGAAGACAUGAACUAAGGCAAACUGGGGAAAACAAAAAAAAAACAUAAAAAGGUAAUCCAAGCACGAGAACAGCAGCAACGAGAGUUUUCCUCACAGAAGCAAGAAUAAAACAGAAAAGCGACCGAUGCGAAUUGGUGAUAUACCUAUUAAGUUAACUAAGCAGUUGUAAGCGUAAAGUGUGAAACUGAUAAAGUGUAGAAGAACAACAAAAGUCAAACUUUAAAGCAAUCUGGAAGAAACAAGUAAGUAUCGUAAGCCUUGCGAAUAUAUAUGAAUGUAGCACUUUCAGAGGCAAAGCGCGCCUGAUAAGACCCUUAACAAUUGAAAGACUUAACAAAUAACUGGCGAAUUGUCUAUCGCGUGAGACUUAUCUUUAAAAGAAAGAAGAGGCAUAUUUUUCAGCACGCAUUUAGAAAUCGAAUUGAGAACAUAAAACUGAGUAUUCAAUCACCGAUGAUUAAAAUCUGUAAACAGGAAGUCGAUUUCACCAAAGCACUAAAGUUGUACGUCGUUAUUGUGAAAGUUUUUGUAAGCUAGCAAAAUAAUUGUGACAAAAAGACAUCAUCUCAAAUAAGUUUAUGUGUUUACACAGUUAUUGCAAUUGGAGAAAACAAAUCGGCAUUUUUUUAGUAUCGCAAAGCACUCUCAAAAUCCACAGAAGCACCAUAUAAACUGAUUCCUCAAAGUGCACUUUGGCCCCAAGCUGAUAACGCGAUUAGUAAGUGUUAAGUGGGACUAUCUUGAAGCCCACCCGAGAAGAAGACACACCUCUCUUUUAUGAUUCCUUACUUUUAGGUUUAGGUUAUUUUAGGUUGUGUAACACAAAAGAUCUAGUUUUAUAUAAAUUUAUUUGUUGAAUUUAUGA